AUGAGAUCUCGAGCUGUGCGCGCCUCGUCCGGGUUGUUGCUAUCAACCCGUCAAGCCACACCGACCUCGAUAUGCUCCCAAUGCCUACGCGAUGAGCUUCUCCUUACCAUGGCCCCCGUCAUUCACUCAAGAAAAUACCACCCUUCUCGUCGAAGAGAUGUUUCGCCCAUCAGCGCCGCGGUAUCUGCAGCCCAGAAUCUUUUUACCAAAGGGUUCCCCAAAGCUCCGCCAGGCGUCUCGGUCGACCCAUUACGUAUUGUUGGGAAGGAAUUGAAGUUUCUCACCAAGAAUAUCCGAAAGUUACUGGGGUCUGGUCAUCCAAUGCUCGACAAAGUUGCGAAAUAUUAUACAUGGAGUGAAGGAAAGCAUGUGCGCCCGUUACUUGUCCUGCUUAUGUCGCAAGCUACAGCUCUCGCUCCUCACAACCCGCACACACAUUCUUCUUCCAUCUCGUCACAACAACAGUCCUAUAUCAGCGAGCCGAUUAGCUCACCGCUUGUCCUCUCAGAUGCGAAUCCGGAUACGAGUCCUCUAACAGCUCCUGCUGCAGAUUUGGAAGGUAUCUUUGGCGAAGAUCCGAACAUUUUACCUGCUCAGCGCCGACUGGCUGAGAUUACGGAAUUGAUUCAUACGGCUUCUCUGCUUCACGAUGAUGUGAUUGAUAAUGCGGUGACUAGGCGGUCAUCAAACUCGGCGAAUACGCAGUUCGGAAAUAAGAUGGCUGUUUUGGCUGGUGAUUUCCUGCUUGGUCGUGCCUCUGUUGCUUUGGCACGUCUGCGGAACCCUGAGGUUAUUGAGCUUCUGGCAACGGUCAUUGCAAACUUGGUUGAAGGAGAGUUUAUGCAGUUGAAAAACACCGCAUCGGAUGAGAGAUCUCCCGUUUUCACUGACGAUACCAUCGCAUAUUACUUGCAAAAGACAUAUCUCAAGACCGCUAGUCUGAUCAGCAAGUCCUGCCGCGCAACAGCAUUGCUCGGAAAUAGCACACCGGAAAUCGUCGAAGCUGCAUACUCGUAUGGUCGCAACCUGGGUCUUGCUUUCCAGCUGGUGGACGAUAUGCUGGACUAUACCGUCAAUUCAGUGGAGUUCGGAAAGCCUGCUGGUGCCGAUCUUGAGCUUGGCCUUGCUACUGCUCCAUUGCUUUUUGCAUGGAAGAGCAACCCUGAAUUGGGAGCUUUGGUUGGACGGAAAUUUGAGCAAGAGGGUGAUGUAGAGAGGGCCCGCGAACUCGUUGCCCGAAGUGACGGUAUUGAGCAGACCCGUGCUCUCGCCCAGGAAUACGCUGACAAAGCCGCUGCUGCACUUGACAUUCUUCCAGACAGCGACGCUAAGAAUGGAUUGCUUGAUAUGUGUGAAAAGACGAUGAAGAGACGCAAGUAA